CGCGUAGCCCCGGCCCUUCGGCUGGGAGGCGCAGGCGCGCCCCCAAGCGCGGGCGUGCGGUCGAGGCCAGGGUUUGCUCAGAGCCGAGUCCCCGCGACUAGGCCACCCUUGGGUAGAUCCUCUCGCUUGGAAAUUCUCGUGCCGCCGGUCGGCACCGUUUCCUCCCCGUCUCCGUCCUCCCCCUCCCCCCUCCUCCUCCUCUCCCCUCCUCCUCCUCUCCCUCUCCCGGUAGCCGGCCCCGGCAGAGCCAGGCUGCGAGCGUGUGCGCGGCAGGGCGUGGUCCUGGAGCAUCUGGCGGCCCACGCGCGGGGCGCGCUGACGUUGGUCAGCGCCAGCCGGUCAUCCUGCCGCCGGCGGCUGCCGCCUUGGGCCGGGGAGGGAACUCGUGGUACCCGACCCGUUUGACCGCAGGGGCUUCUCGGGCCGGAAAGCAAAGUAUCCAGAGAUAAAAUCCUUAAUGAAACCUGAUUCCAACUUGAUAUGGAUUGUAAUUUUGAUGGUUCUCACUCAGUUUGUUGCAUUUUACUUAGUGAAGGACUUGGACUGGAAAUGGGUCCUAUUUUGGGCGUAUGCCUUUGGCAGCUGCAUUAAUCAUUCAACGACUCUGGCUAUUCAUGAAGUUUCCCACAACAGUGCCUUUGGCCAAUGCAAACCUAUGAGGAAUCGUUGGUUUGGAAUAUUUGCUAAUCUCCCUAUUGGUGUUCCAUAUUCAAUUUCCUUUAAGAGGUAUCACAUGGAUCAUCAUCGAUACCUCGGUGGUGAUGGCGUCGAUGUGGAUAUUCCAACUGAUUUUGAAGGCUGGUUCUUCUGUACCACUUUCAGAAAGUUUAUCUGGGUUAUUCUUCAACCUCUCUUUUAUGCUUUUCGGCCUCUGUUCAUCAACCCCAAACCAAUUUCUUAUCUGGAAAUCAUCAAUACUGUGAUCCAGAUCACUUUUGACGUUGCGAUUUACUACGUUUUGGGAAUUAAAUCUUUAGUCUACAUGUUGGCGGCAACCUUACUUGGCCUAGGUUUGCACCCAAUCUCUGGACAUUUUAUAGCUGAACAUUACAUGUUCUUAAAAGGACAUGAAACUUACUCAUACUAUGGGCCUCUGAAUUUACUCACCUUCAAUGUGGGUUACCAUAAUGAACACCAUGACUUCCCCAACAUUCCCGGAAAAAGCCUUCCCCUGGUGAGGAAGAUAGCAGCUGAGUACUAUGAGAGCCUCCCCCACUACAAUUCCUGGAUAAAAGUACUGUAUGAUUUUGUGACGGAUGAUACAAUAAGUCCCUAUUCGAGGGUGAAGAGGCAUCAAAAAGGCAGCAUGGUUCUGGAGUAAAUGUCAUUAAGGCCAAAGGAAUUCCUCUCUGAAACUCCAGAAUAGCUGAGAAAGUGGAAUUUUUACUAAAAAGACCAGCGACGUUCAGAAGCUGCCCUCCUACAAAUUCGAAGUCUGAUCUUCGUGGUAUCAAGAAGCUAAUCUGGCUGUAAACAGUCAGCCUGUCUGUGCAGCAUUCAGCUUUACUCACAGGAAACUUGUUCACUGUAUUACCACCGUGGUGGAUGUUUUCACUUAGGUCUGACACUUUGUAAGCAUAUCAUAAAAAAAUAGCUUUUCAAAAGCUAUUUCUAGUAUGUUGUUUUCACUAUAAGGAUUUACUUUAUUAAAACAUCUAAUAAACUGAGCUGUUGAUCACAA